UUUCACUUCUCUAGAUGUUGUGGGGCUGAUUGUUUCUUCCUCUCUGAAGAUCAAGAAGAAUGCUGGGCACGUUUGACAGCCACUGACUAAUUGCUGACUAAAUCAUCAAAAAUGGGGAAUGCACCAUCAGAAAGUAACAUGGGCAGCAACCUGAGAUGCUGUAAAUGUUAUAAUGGCCUGCCUCCGUGCAUGAGCUUCAACAACCUUUCUCAAAGCACUAUUUAUGGACGAUAUGUAUAUGUGUUCAACGGAGGUCAAUAUUACAGACCAGUUGGUCAGGAUAAUGCGUACGAGUGUAGAAGUUGCUUUGACCAAUGGGGGAGAAGCGAAGCGGAGAGGCAGGAGAGACAGAGGAGAGAGGAAGAACAGAGAAGAGAACAGGAGAGGCAAAGGAGAGAAGAGGACAAAAGAAGAAAAAAAUUCAAUGAAACUCUGGAAAGUUCCUACCAACGAGCUAAAGAGCAGUUUGAGAAACAGGUGAGAGGGCACAUUUCACAGGAAUGUGAGUCCAAGCGAGAUGUUCUAAUAAAGCAUCUGCAUAAGUCUGAAGCCAACUAUGAAUCAAUCAGUGACAGUGACGAGCUUCUUGAACUCCUCUCGGUGAAAUGCAGUCUUCCACUUUCAAAUCUCAGUCUGAGUCAGCUCACAGGUGAUCAGCUCAGUGAGAUCCUUUCAGUCCUGGACAAACUUCUGUUUGAUGAGUGGAUCAGUGCUCCUCCAUCCAUCAGCACUCUGCAGCACACUCAGGUGUUCAUCACAGAGCUCUGUGCUCUGUCUCUGGAAAUAUCUGAAGGAGUUUCCCUACAAACCAUCUCCAAUCAUAUGCAGUCCCAUUUGGGAUCCAUCAGCCAAUCAGCAAGUGGUGUUUUUGAGAGUUUCCUCUUGACUCAAGCCCUGUAUCUGAACCUGAUGCAUGUUCUCAAUGACCGUGACAGAUCUGAUAAUGAUGCUGUCCUCAUAGCCAAACAAUGGGCGGAAUAUGAGAUUUCCACUGAGAACCUCUUUGUAAUUGAAUUCCUGAGCACCCUCACAUCAUCACUGCAGAGUACAGUCAGCAGAGCAUCUGUGUUCACUUUAAAGAUGGAAAUCCAGUGUUUAAAGCAUCUCUUAUCCACACUCACAGAUCUAAAUGGAAAAGAAGCCCACUCAGAAUCCACUGAAAUGCUCCUCAAACUUGUGCAAAGAAACCAAUGGACUCCAAUGGAGGCACUCACUCUGCUUAAAGCACUGUCACAGAAAUAUGCGGAUGAUGCUUCCAUAACUCAAAUCCUUACCUUGGUACGAGUGUAUGACAUACCACCAGACUGGAUAGAUGACUGUGGGCACUCUCUAAUCCAGCUCCUUGAAUCUGCUGCUCCUGAGAGAUUUUGUCAGGAUUUCCAAAAGACUCUAAGAGGAAACGAUGAGAGCAUUGUAACUACAGUUCUAGCAGAAGUACAAAUGUUGUGGAAUUUGGAUGACUCUGUCAUUGAUAUGAUAAAAAACAUUAACACCGGUGUCCUGAAAUAUACAGAAAAUGUACCAAAAGAAGAACCUUUUAUGAAAGAUUCAUUUAAAUGUGAAUCUUUGAAUGCAGACAACAUACAGAAGUGUCUGUGUCAGCUCUGCAAAGCAGUGUUUAAUAUAAAAGGCUGGUGGCCCACAGUGAGGGAGGUGGUGCGGUGGUGUGGACUGGUGCUGACUCAGAAAAGUAGAGUGGUACAACUGGUUGGUGUGGAAGAAGACCCAUGUGUUACAGCCAUGUUUGCAGCCAUGCAAGUCUGCAUGGGAAACAAACUGGACAUUGUGCUGAGCUCUGAUGUUCACUCAGAGGAGCAAACAAAGGAGUGGUCUGACUUCUACAAGCACCUUAACAUUUCACUCAACACAAACAUGAAGAAGACUCAUCCAUCAUUCCAGGAUGUCUAUGAAGCAGACAUUGUUUAUGGUACAAUGGAUGAUUUUGUGUCAGAUUAUGUUCAACGUGGCAUAGAGGCAAUGGAAACGGGGCAUACACCAUUUAGUCGUGGAUUUAUUAUUGAAAAACAAAGUCUCAGUGUUCUGCAUGCUCUGGAACUUUCAAGACUCAAAGACGAUGACUCCCUGGUGUUUGCUGCAGAGGUCCUGCAGAACCUCAUGAGUAAAUUUCACAGUGAAGAUGUGGGACUGAGACAUAUCUUUAUUAAGGCCCUUUUUCAGGUCAUCCAUUGUAACCUAAAUGAAGACACAAUCACUGACACAAAAAUCAUCACUGUCUCAAAGAAAAUCACAGGGAAGGAAUUGCUUUCUAAUGAGAUCUUUAUUUUGACCUUUCUGGAAAAUCUCUUGCAAGUGUUUGCUAGAGAAACAGAAGCUGUUAAAAACAUGACAGAUCCUGCAGGCAAAUGGUGUUUGGAGAAUUUAUUUGCCUGUGUGGAACAAUUCCAAGACUUAGACAAAGAAACCAAAGAAGUCUUCAAGAUGGUUUCAAAUCUUGGGGAACAAAGACUUUGGUCACCAGUAGAGAUCUUGAACCUUCUUAAAGCAUUAACUGAUAACCACCAUGAUGACGGCUGUAUUUCCAUCAUGAAGAUUUUACAUUUGAUGGAAACAUAUCAGGUUUCCUCUAAGUGGAAAGAUGAAAACAACAAAUCUCUCACUGAGCUCAUAGAUUCAUGCACAACUAAGAAUCUGAUCCAGCAUCUAGAAAAGAGCCUUAGAGGUGAGAAAAAAAGAAACAUUGAAAACCUUUUCUGUGAAAUACAGCAGAUGAAAGUCAUUGAUAAACAAACACUGAGUAGAUCAGACAACAUAGUAACUCAUGUAACAAACCUAAUCAAAACUGGUGAAAUUAAAACGCACACAUGUGAUGUGGAACAUGUUAGGUCUCUGUGUCAAAGCAAAGAAACUGAGGACCUUCAGGAGAUCCUUGCAGUCUUAUGCAAUGCUGUACACCUCCACAAAGCUGAAAGGAAGUGGUUUCCCAGGGCAACUCAGAUGAUAAGCUGGUGCCUGUUGGCCUUGUCUGACACUGGGAAGCUCCUGGAGAUGGGAACUGGAGAAGGGAAGUCUUGUGUCAUAGCGAUGUUUGCAGUGCUGCGUGUGCUUAGAGGUGAAAAGGUGGAUGUGGUGUCCAGCUCCUCUGUGUUAUGUCAAAGAGAUGCUGAAGAAUGGUCCAAAUUUUACAAAUACUUUGGCAUUACAGUCGACACAAACACAAAUAAAAAUGAGGAUAAAGAUCGGAAAGAAUGCUAUCAGAAGGACGUGGUCUAUGGAACCAUUGAAGCCUUUGCUGCUGAUCACCUUCGCCAAAUAUUUGAGAUGAAGGAUGUGAGGGCUGAUCGUAACUUUCAGUGCAUCAUUAUCGAUGAAGUGGACUCACUGCUGCUGGAUCAGGGAGUGCAGCUGACAUACCUGUCCAGCCCCAUGGUGUCCAUGCAGCACCUGAACAUUAUUCUCACCAUGAUCUGGAGCCACGUCAGUCAGUAUGGCUUCCUAUCUACAGGACAUCAGACAUUUGUAAGAGGUCCUCCUGCUUCAUUCUUCAAGGCUAUCUAUGACUCAAUGAACACAGAAGACACUGAAAUUAGUGAUCCAAUGGCUAUUUUAACUAUUGCUGAAGAAUCCAACAUUGUGCCAAAAGGAUUUUCAGAAGAAAUCUACAAGAGUGAAAACCAUGAAAUUCUCAGUAAACUGAAAACAGUGAGUCAGGAUGCUAUGGUUGACCUUUUCAAAGAAAUUGAGGACUAUGUGCCUUACGGCUUUACUGCUUACACACUAGAUGACAAGGGACUGCUCUGUCUUCAAAAGUGCAGUCCAUAUAAUGACCGGGACAUCCCAGAGCUUUCAUUUCUUGUCUUGGAGGAAGGAUUGUGUUGUCCUCUCUAUGAGUCAGAAGAAGUUCUCAUCAAGCCCAUUGCAGAAUUGAUCUCUGAGAGGAUUCAGUACACCCCAUGUGAAAACAAUAAAGACAAAAUCAGCAUUCCUGGAUUCUUGAAGACUCUGGUGGAGAAGAAAGUCUCAGUGUGGGUUCAGAAUGCCUUUCUGGCAAUGUUACUGAAAGAAGGACGAGAAUAUGUCGUAGAAAAUGACAACGUCUGUCCAGUGGACUUCAGAUCCACUGGUAUUGUUGAACUGAAUAAGAAAUGGGGGGAUGGUCUGCAGCAGUUUGUGGAGAUUAAACACCAAGUCAAACUGAGCACAAUUUCAACAGUGACAAACUACAUUUCCAACAUCUCCUUUUUUGAGAAAUACCAGGGGAAAAUAUACGGAACAACAGGAACACUGGGGAGCAAAGCAGACAUUCAGUUUUUGCAGGACCUGUAUCCAAAUCUCUCUGUGUGCAAAAUACCAACAUUCAGCAGGAAGAAGUUAUUUGAGGUCGAAGGUACUCUGAAAAAAACAGCUGAAGAAUGGAAAUCUGAAAUAAAAGAUGUGGUCAUGGCUCAGAUUUCCCCAAAUUCAUACAGAGAUGGAAGAGCAGCGUUGGUGAUCUGUGAAACUAUAAACAAAGCCAAAGAGAUCUACGAAGAGUUGAAGAGCAGCAUCCCAAAUAAAAAAUUGAUUCUCUACUGCCGCAGUGACAGAGACAGUUUGAGUAAAAUAGACAAGGAGCUUCAUCCUGGUGAUGUCAUUGUUGCCACAAACCUUGCCGGCCGUGGCACAGACAUAAAAGUGUCCCUAAAGGUGAACAAUAAUGGAGGGUUAUUUGUGAUCCUCUCCUUCCUUUCUGAGAACACAAGAGUGGAACUCCAGGCUUUUGGACGAACUGCACGCAAAGGUAAACCUGGAUCUGCUCAGAUAAUCAUUUCCACUGAACACCUGCAGCCAUCUUUCAGCACAGUGUCCUCUCUGGAGGAAGCCAAGAGCACAAGAGACAGACUUGCAGCAGAAAAGAUAAGUCACAUGAUGAACGAUGUUGCUGAGAUGAAACUGCGGGAGGACCUGUUUUCAGAAUACUGUGAAACACUUCAAGAUAUUUAUGACACCACUGAUGGAGAUGAGGAAAGAGCUGUUGUUGCCAUCAUGAAUGAGUUCUGGGGGAUUUGGCUGCAAACUAAAUCAGAAGAAAUUGAUCAGUUGAAAAGAAAUGAACUGCAAGAGAGUCUGAAAGCUGAUUUGUCAAAUGCAAAAAGUCAGUCUGAAAGUAAGACUUCACCAUGUUCCAGCAUUUAUCACUACAUCAAGUUUGGAAAUGUUGCACUGGAUGAAAAAAAGUGGGACACCGCAGCCAUAAUGUUUGAAAAAGCCACGACAGAGGAUAAAAGCUGGGCAGCUGUAGCUUUUUACACUCGUGCAUACUGCACUAUACAACAGGCGGAAGGAGAUUACCUCACCAAGGCAAUAGAUGAUCUAAUGAAGGCACAGGAAUCUCUGAAGUUUCUCAGUGAAGAAUCAUUAGUCUGCCUUCAGUUUGUAACAAUGUCCUCUGCAUACUCAGCCAACAGCAACCCAACCAGUCUGGAAAAACAGUUAUCAACCAAGUGCAAUGUUCUAAGUUACUUUGACAAAAACAUUACUGAGGCCAUCAAAAAGUUGGAUAAAAUAAAACAGCAGAAUCCAGUGAUAAAAAAAUCCCCUAUUUUCUGCUUGGUAUCAGGGGCUGAUAAAGAUCUCCAAGUUGAAGUCUAUACCCUCUAUAAUAGAGGUCUGAGAUAUAUAUUUUCUGUGGAAGAUGAGCCUCGUUUCUCAUGGGAAGGUCUUCUAGUGACCUUUUUUGCAGUUUUACAGAAUAUUGGAGGAUCAUUGCUCACUGCAUGUAUGUUUCAUAGAUUGGCUCAAGUUGGCAUGGGACUCAUUACUGAAGAAAAAACAGAUAGCACGAGUGAGUCUACGAUGACAGGAGAAAUCAGCUGGAAGUCAUGGGCAACAGAAAAAGCCAUUUCUCUUGGUGUAUCUCUCAUUGGGUUUGGAGUUGGAAAGUUGGUCGCAAAGAGCUUCAAAUCUUCUGAAAUAUUACUCAAAGGAAUGGGCAAAAAGAUGAAGCCGAUGCCAAAGUUUCUCUCCAGACAGGCUGAAGAAAAUGUUAGUCCUGUGACAAAUAUGAAGAAUGCAGAAAUGACAAUCAUUACUAAUGGUUUUGGGAAUAAAGAAGAGAAAAUACUGGCAGAUAUAGUAAACAGCAUCAAAUCUGAUUUAAAAGAAAGGAUUGUCCCCAGUGUGGAAUCAAACAUGGAAAAAGACCCCUUAGCUACAUUAGUAGACUUCAUCAUUCUCUCACAACCUGAGGAUAAAAAGCAACUUCAAGAUCUUCUGAACAAUAAGAGCACAAAGAAUAAUCUCUUGGCCAUUUUCAAAGAGUUAAGCAAAACUGCAGUGCAGCCAUUCUAUGCAGACCUCAGUUGGCAGAAUAAACUGAAUUCAUCUCUCUCUAAAAUAACUGAAAAAGCCAAAUCACACACCAAAGACAAUGCAUCUGCAAUUCUUACCACAAUCCAAACUCGUUACAUGGGCCGACUGGCAGACAAUACCAUCAGUACAGUGCUCAGUCUCUCAUAUAAGUUUUUCUCAAAUCUUCAUGAACAGCUGAAAAUAUUUAAAGAAAAGAAAAUCAACGAGAAUGUGAAAGUAAGUGAUCUAUCUGGAGAGGACAUUAAACUUUUGAAAGACUUCAAGCAAGACUUAGCAUCCACCAUCAGUACUUUAUUGGCUGAUGCUUUGGUAGAAGUCUUCGACCACAAGUUCUCUAUUUACAUUGUUUCUCAUGUUCACGGUCAAAUAAAAAGCAAUAUUGACCAUCAUAUAAUCAUAAACAGCUUAAAGAGUGACAGGACAGAGGAAAAACUCAGAGCUGGGCAGAACAACAUAUACAAGCCAAGAAAGCUGAAUUCUAAACACAAACUUAAAGGAGAGGCAGGUCAGUGCUCACAAUCACAUGCUGAAAAGAUCAAGAACUCCACGACUGCAGGCACCAUCCUCGAUAUCAAAGUUCUGUCAGAAGCCACUGGCACUAAAGUUGUCAUCCUAACAGAGGACAGCAAUGGAAGACUUACCAAAAUGCAGGAGCUGAGCCCAGACACUCGACCUGCCAAUACAACUGUGACAUUGAUCUACAGACAAAAGAGUGACCAAUACCCUGAUGGCCAUUAUGAUGUGCACAUCAAUAACCAGACAGUGAUUAUAGAGAGUGAGGGCAAGAGCUGUUUGUUUCAUGCUUUGGCACGGGGUAUGAAACCAGAAGGCAGCUCUGCCGAGAUCGCUUUGAAAGCAGACUGCCUUCGAUCUGUGGAGGCUGAUGCUCUCCUCAGUAACCCAGGCCAAUGGGAGCCUUUCCUCAAGCACAAAGAGUUGACUGAAGCAAUCAGGGGAGGGGACUGGUACGUGGCAGAAGUAGCUGCACCCAAAAAGGCCAUAGAAGAAAGCAAAAGGUUACACCAGGAAGAGUUUGGAAAAGUAGAGUUAUACCAAGAAUGGCAAAAAUAUACAAAGAAAAACAAGGAACACAAUCCUCAGCGUCCUCUACUGAACAGUAACAACAACUGAGAACAAGACUGGUGAACAAUCAAACAAUUCUUCCGCCUGUCUGAUCAUCAUCAAGAGACCUCUCUAUUAUGAUAUACUUUUAAUUCAGUUUUUUUUUUUUUACUUUAUUGAAGACAAAAAUACAAAAAGCCACACACAUUUACCUCAAUUUGGACAUUGAGGCAAUUUUUCAAUUUAGUUUUAAUUUAGAUCUUUUGAUUCUGUAGUAAAACAUACAUAUUUAAUACAAGUAAGAUGGCAUAAGAAUCAUACAUACUGUUAGAAAUCCUUAGUGCUAAAUGCUGUUUAGGCUAAGGUAAGGUAGGGCCGUUUGAUUUCUUUCUAAAAGAUUAUUUUCAGACUUCAAACAAAUUUUGACAUGAUCAGAAAUCAGUAAAGUAUAAAGGUCAAAUAUUCAAUUCUAAGGUAUUUCCAGACACAACAGCAAAGGAUAGCAUAUUUUAGUCGACUGCAUUAUUAAUCAGUCAGGAAAAAAGAAAGGUUAGCCUGUCUACAUGUCCUUCUGUUGUCAGUUUCCAAGUAUAUUCCCAGUUACUGCCCUAUAGUGUAACUCUAUCUAAUAUGUAAUCUUUUUUCAACAAAAAAGUCAUUAAUUUUCGAUGCAAUUUGAUUUUUACAUUGAAUAUAUUGUUUUGCUUAUUUACAAAACCAAUUCCAAGUAUUUGGGAUUCUGUGUAAAAUGGAAAUAGAAACCAAAUACAAUGAUUUGCAGAUAUUAUAAGUUCAUAUAUCUACAUUUCAGCCUUGUGAAUGCUGCCAAUUCCAUUAUUGCUGCCUAAUGGGGGAAAGAUAUCCAAUUGUGAUUUUUUGCUUUGAUCACUGUACAAUUUUUUUUCCAGACUCUGAAUUUUUUAAUGAUUUUGGCAUAUCUUUCUAAUUUUGGACAUAGUUAUAUUGUUCUGAAAUAGUUCCAUAAUUUAAAGGCAGUUUCUUGCAGAUUGGUGAACCUCUACCCAUCUUAACUUCUGAGAUUUUCUUUUUUUUUUAAUACCCGGUCAUGUUAGUGACCUGUUGUCAAUUCAUAUAAUUAGUUCCAAAAUGUUGCUCUAGUUGUUUUAAGUUUAGUACCACCCUCUUGUUGUUCUUUCCCAACCUUUUUGAGACA